UGACUGCAGCCCUCAUACUUUAAGGCGCACCUGUCGUCCCAACAUCCUUUGCGUGUCCAAUAUGGAAGAACUGGCGGUGGAGGUCCGUGGCUCCAACGGGGCUUAUUACAAGGGCUUAGUCAAGGAUAUCCACGAUGACUCUCUCACCAUUGCCUUUGAGAACAAUUGGCAGCCAGAACGCCAGGUGCCCUUCAAUGAUGUCAGGUUGCCACCGCCUGCUGACGCCAAGAAGGAGAUUGGAGAGGGUGAGGAGGUGGAGAUCUUGUCCAGAGCCAACGAACAGGAGCCUUGUGGUUGGUGGCUGGCCAAAGUCCGCAUGAUGAAAGGAGAUUUCUAUGUCAUUGAGUAUGCAGCCUGUGAUGCCACCUACAAUGAGAUUGUGACCUUUGAGCGUCUUCGGCCUGUCAACACUAACAAGGCAAUCACCAAGAACUCCUUCCACAAGUGCACUGUUCCGGUUCCUCAGGAUCUACAAGAAGCAUGCCAGAGCGAAAAUGCACAUAAGGACUUUAAGAAAGCUGUGGGAGCCUGUCGCAUCACAUACUGCCCUGAGACCAGUCAACUGCUCAUUGUGUCCACUAAUGAGGCAACAGUGAAGCGUGUGUCUUUGCUCAGUGACAUGCACCUGCGAAGCAUCAGGACCAAGCUGAUGCUGAUGUCACGUAACCAGGAAGCCACAAAACACCUGGAGAGCUCCAGGCAGCUGGUGUCAUCCUUCCAGGAGGAGUUUACAGUGAGACCAGAUCUGAUGGGUCUGGCCAUUGGCAGCCAUGGCAGCAACAUCCAGCAAGCACGCAAAGUUUCAGGUGUCACUGCCAUUGAGCUGGAUGAGGAGACUGGCACGUUUCGGAUUUAUGGAGAGACAGCAGAAGCGGUUAAAAAAGCCAGGAACUACCUGGAGUUUGUGGAAGACUCAGUCCAGGUCCCAAGGAACCUUGUUGGCAAAGUCAUUGGUAAGAAUGGUAAAGUCAUCCAGGAGAUUGUGGAUAAGUCUGGUGUGGUGCGGGUCAGAAUAGAAGGAGACAACGACAACAAGCAGCCCCGACAGGAAGUUUUGUUGACACAGGGAAUGGUCCCAUUCACCUUUGUUGGCACAAAGGAGAGUAUUGGAAAUGUUCAGGUCUUGCUGGAGUACCACAUCUCUUACCUCAAUGAGGUUGAACAACUUCGUCUGGAGCGGAUGCAGAUCGAUGAACAGUUGCGUCAGAUCACCCAGGGUCACCGUCCGGCCGACAGAGAAAGAGGUGGUGGAGGGUAUAACGCAGAUGGCAGUGCUAAUGCUUCCUCAUCCUCCUUACAUAGCAGUCGCUCCUACAAUGGGCGUGGCCGUGGGCGCAGAGGUCACAGCUACAGCACUGGAUAUGGCACCAACUCAGAGCAGUCCAAUGCCUCUGAGACUGAUUCAGAACGCAAGGAUGAGCUCAGUGACUGGUCUUUAGCUGGAGAGGACCAGGAUAGAGAGAGGGAGAGAGCCCAACGGCCACAGAGAGAUGGCCGCAGGAGGCCUGGACCUGGCAGAGGCCGGGGAGGGCCUGGAGGAAGAGGAAGAGGAGGAAGAGGUGGAUACAGCAACAUCUCUGCAGGGUCACGAGACCAUGAGGGUAAUCAUGCCUAUGGAUCCUUGGAGACGAACACUGAGACCGACCAGACGGCCGAUACUGAUGCCAGUGAGUCCAACUUGCCUGCCAACCGCCGCCGAAGAUCCAGAAGACGCAGGACAGAUGAGGACGCUACACUGAUGGAUGGCAUGAGUGAAUCUGACAACGCCUCAAUGAGUGAAAAUGGAAUAGAUGAGUCUGAAGCCAAACCUCAGCGUCGUAACCGUAGUCGACGCCGCCGCAUCCGCUUGCCUGAGGAAAGGCAGCCAGUGACAGUCGCAGAUUACAUAUCAAGGGCUGAGUCUCAGAGCCGACAGAUGACCACCAAGGAGUCCAAGAAAAAGAAGGAUGUGGGUCAGGUGGAUGCUAUCGCUGAGCACAGCCCACAGUCGGCCCCAGCAACCAACAACGGCUCCAAAACCAAUGUCGCUGACGGUGCUGCCAGGUCGUCCCCUGAGAGACCUGCCAAAGUGUCCUACAAGGAGGACUCCAGCUCACAACCGGUGGUCAACGGACUGUCUUAGUCCAACCCCAGCAAAGGAAACGGUUUCAAAUAUUUGGACUUCUUUGGCUGCGCUUGAUCAAAUUCCCCUGUCUCUCGAACAGCCUCAAAAGUGAAUCUUAACGUUUAAACACAAGCACUGUUCCUUUUUUUACUUCACAAAUAUUUGAAACCUGCUCCACUUUAAACCACGUUAGAGGUCUGAAACAUAACCUCUCAUUUACAUACACAUGGUCUGUCCAACUAUUCAUUUUAUUACAGUUUUUUACAACAUUUUACAAUAGUUCUUCCUGUACGAGCUUGCCAAAGACAGUCAAACACACACCUGUACUUAACUGUGCUCUUCUGUCCGCUCUUCACUGAGAGCUCAGGAAGAACCCAGACUGAAUGCAGUGUUAAAACAUGUAGACAGGGAUUCCUCUCAAACCCAUACUGUGGUAUCAAUGCAGCAGCUUUUUUUUUAUUCGUGAAACUAAUAUCAUAGCAGGGUUUUAAAAAAAGAACAAAUGUCUGCCUUCCACGGGGGGACUUUCAGAGAGAUGCUUCCACAACUGUUUUUUAGGAUGUCUUGUGCAUCUGAUGUAGUUUGUAAGUUAAAUGUUCUGCAUGAACAGCACCACAGUGCAGACAGGUUUAUUGGAAGCCCAAGUAUGUUUGACAUACAUGUGAUCAGCUGUUGUGCCUUGAGAGUAGAUUCAACAUGUUGUUGCCUGGCUCUGCACACCAUCUGAAAUCUUUUCACUUAUUUCUGUGUUACUUGGUUGAACCCGUUCGAUGUGGUUCAGCCAAAAUAGCUGUGUCAGUGUUCUCCAUGUAUCUUUAAAGCACUGUGGACUGGCUAAGGCAAACACUGAAAGACCCUGAAAGGAUUUCAGAGGCAUAUCUUUUUCAAAUCAGGUGUGUCUAUUGUUAUUGUUUGUGGG